ACUGCUAGUGGAGGACUUUGCUGGUAUUUCAUGUUCUCUGCUUGUAUUAUGCAAAUGUCUUUAGCUGUACACUUCCAAAAAAAGGAAAACGUUAUGUUCUCCGUCAAUUGAAUUCCUGAUUACAAGUACUGUUGGGAUUCCCCCCCCCCUUGGAUUUGUCAUUGACCCUGCCAAGAGGAGGUACCUCACCAGGAAUGUUUUACACCAUGAAGAGGUUCUGAGCAAUCCAGUGUUGCACCUACAACAGAUGUUUGCUGCAGAGAUUGCCAUUGCAAGAACCAAGAUGCUUGUUAUUGCUGUCAGAAUUCAGACAAUGGCAGAAGAGCUACAGCACUGGUUAGGCCUCAUCUUGAGUACUGCAUCUAGUUCUGGACAUUGCACUGUAAGAAGGAUGCAGACAAAAUGGAACAGGUUCAGAGGAGGACAACAAGGAUGAUCAGACGACUGAACGCUUAGCCCUGUGAGGAGAGACUGAAGGAACUGGGAGGGAUUAGAGAACCAUCUCUGAAGGUGAUUCAUAAAUAAUACCUCACCCCCAGGAGGCUUUCAUUAAUGUGUCCUAGAGCAACUCCAAGGUGCUGGAGGAACUGUAGUUUAAUUGUGAGGGUCUGAAUUUGCAUGUGGAAAAGCCAAGUCCCUCUGGCACAAUGACAUCUGAAUACAAAGAAGUUGAAGUUGGGAGCACGGCUGUGAAUGGCCUACUACUGAGCAGCAACGGACAGGACAGAGACCUAGACCCUGCUAAAGUCUGUACUGGAAAGGGGGCUGUGACCCUUUGGGCAUCUCCAGAUUAUGAGGAAAAUCGGAUUAUCCGCCCUAUAAGUCAUUCACAGGACAUCCAGCACUCUGAAAGUGCAGAGCCAGGAAAACACGAAACAGAUGAUUGGAAGUUAUCAGUUAAUGUUGGUUCUAAUGGGGAUGCUCAGUCCUCUGCUCUGGCUGCCAAGGGCUAUCGGAGUGUGCGGCCAAACCUCUCUGAGAGCAAACCACACACCCCUUCUCCCCAUCCCUCUCCUUCAAAAGAGGAGAGCUUUGCAUGGCGUCCUCGCACCAGCACCAAAAUAACUUUCUUGCAGCCCAUUUCCAUAAUGGACUGUGUGUACCUUCAUGCACCUAACCCCCCCCCACAGCAUUUGCCAAUCAGCAUUAAUGGCCGGCACUAUUUUUCCUCCUCACCCAAACCCUUCAGUUCAGCUCCCUACAAAUCAGCUGGCUUGAUCCCCGAAGACAGGGUGCAUGUUGGGCAAUCACUUUUGGGAAGUCACUCCUUGUUAUCAGACACAUCAUCUGAACACCAAAACACACUGGUGCUUGCUAAGGAAGAUCCUAGUAGUAAAGCUGAACUGAAAUCCAAUCAUGAAACUAGAACAGAGAAAAAGGUCAGCAGUCUAUAUGUAGCUUGUUUAUCUAACAGCACUUGCUCGGCUGCAUAUGAAAAUUCCAUUGGCUGUGCAGAUGUCCAAACACAAGGCACCUGUUUUGGAACUGCGGUCACUGUGGCACCAGCCAUCUCCUGUGUUUCCUCUGUAACAGAUACUGGAAAGUCUCUUCCUCCUCCUCCUCCUCCUCCUCCUCCUGCCCCUCCCAGGUCAUUCUUUAAUAUUGUUCUCAGUGGAGAUUCAGUUAGUUAUGAUGAGAGUCAUCCCUCCAAGACUCCCCAGACUGUUGACAGCACAGAGAAAGAGUUUCCACAUACGACUGGCAGUGAGGACAGAAUGAGAAAAGAGCCAUACGUUACUCAGCAGCAACAGCCGCCACCACGGCCUCCAUGCAAGGCAAAGGGGCAUGGCAGGGAUGCCACUUGCUCUACCGCCACCACCACCCCAGCUCACACUGACGUUAUAGUAGUGCCAUUCCAACAGGUUUACCCAGACAGAGGGCAAGAAGCCAGCUCUAGCACACCGCCGCCACCUCUCCUACCUUUUGGCCAAAGCUCGGCAUUCUCUGAACACACUUCUGCUGGUUUACUUCUGACCUUCCCAACAUUAGAUGAUUUCAUUCCCCCUCACCUUCAGAAAGGUUCUCAACAUAAUCAGCCAUCCUCUUCAUCUGGGAUUGUGUCCCAUGUUCGUCCGAAACUACCUUCCCUCUCACCACCUCCUCCUCCACUGAUCCCUCCAGUCACGGAGGUCUCAGACAACGUCCCGGAACCUGAAAGCACAGGACUGAUCUUGCACACAGAACCUUGUCCUCUGCUAUAUGAAGCCCCCAGGCCCAGCAGUGCCACUGAGUGCUAUGGCUCCUUAAUGCUGGCCAGCAAACCUUCCUCUGGUUACCCCUCUACCACAAUUGUCAAUCCCACCAUUGUUCUUUUGCAGCACAACAGAGAACAGCAAAAAAGGCUUAGUAGCCUAGCAGAGCCAGUGUCAGAUGCACCAAUAGCAGAUAAAAUUGAUUAUACAACUAUCAAAGAAAAGGUAAAGCAAAGCAAGAAACAAGCAAUGGAGGAGCAGGAGAGAGUUGUUAAGAGUCCACCGUACGUGGCUGAUUCCUCACUGGAUGAUGCAGGCAUUCCAUUAAGGAACACGGAGCGAUCAAAGGACUGGUACAAGACGAUGUUCAAACAGAUCCACAGACUGACAAAAGACCUUCCUGAAGAAAACCCAUAUUGCCCUACCUACACAUUCCCUGAGCUUCCUGAUAUCCAGCCCAAAAUUAAAGAAGAAAAUCCUUAUUCUCCUACCUACCAGUUUCCUGUGUCUACUCCUAGCCCUAAAUCUGAAGAUGAAGAUUCUGAUUCCUAUUUGCCUCAAUACUCGUUUUACAAAGACUCAAGAACACAGACUUCGGUACCCCGUUCCAAGAGUGAGAAUGACACUAUUGAUAUGGAGAAGGUGGUCAAGAGAUCUGCCACUUUGCCACUUCCAGCUCGUUCCUCUUCUCUUAAACCGAGCACUGAAAGGAAUGAUUGGGAGCCUCCGGACAAGAAGGUGGACACAAGAAAAUACCGAGCUGAACCUAAAAGCAUUUAUGAAUAUCAGCCAGGGAGGUCCUCUGUUCUGAACAAUGAAAAAUUGACUCGGGAUAUAAGUCCAGAAGAGAUAGAUUUAAAGAAUGAGCCUUGGUAUAAAUUCUUUUCGGAAUUGGAGUUUGGGAAACCGCCUCCAAAAAAGAUAUGGGAUUAUACUCCUGGAGAUUGCUCUAUCCUUACUAGAGAGGAUAGAAAGACUGAUCCAGAAAAAGACAUCUACCUCUAUCAGACUGAGUUAGAGGCAGAUAUAGAAAAAAUGGAGAAGCUGUAUAAGGCACCAGACAACAAGCAAUUUAAGAGCACAGCAGGCUCCUCUUCACCGGAAACUUUCUCAGACCAUUUACCUCACUCACCAUAUCCCCCCAGCUGUCAACCAGCAAAGAGAGAGUUGGAAGCAGCUCUUGGAGAUUCCACUGGACUGGAAAAUGAAAGGCAAAUCUAUAAAAGUGUUUUGGAAGGUGGUGAUAUACCAUUACAAGGACUAAGUGGUCUCAAACGUCCCUCCAGCUCAACUUCCACUAAAGUAGAUUCAGAAUCACCAAGGCAUUUUGCACCACUUGAUUACCUGGAGAAUCCUGAAGAAAUUUUCCGCAGGCGCCACGGUGAUAAAGAGAAACUUUUAGAGGACCAGAGACGGCUUAAACGUGAGCAAGAAGAGGCUGAUAUUGCAGCUAGAAGGCACACAGGGGUCAUUCCUACGCACCAUCAAUUUAUCACUAAUGAGCGGUUUGGGGACCUCCUAAUUGUAGACGAUACAGCAAAAAGGAAAUCUGGGUCAGAGAUGAGAGCUGCCAGAGUGAAGUUUGACUUCAAAGCCCAGACGCUCAAGGAACUCCCACUGCAGAAGGGGGAUAUUGUUUAUAUUUAUAAGCAAAUUGAUCAGAAUUGGUAUGAAGGAGAACACCAUGGUAGAGUUGGCAUCUUCCCACAAUCGUACAUAGAGCUACUGGCCCCCACAGAAAAAGCGCAGCCUAAGAAAACAUCACCAUUACAAGUCCUGGAAUAUGGAGAUGCAGUUGCCAAGUUCAAUUUCAAUGGAGACACUCAAGUGGAAAUGUCCUUCAGGAAGGGUGAGAGGAUCACACUGAUUCGGCAAGUGGACGAGAACUGGUAUGAAGGAAAAAUCCCUGGCACUAACCGUCAAGGCAUCUUCCCUGUCACAUAUGUAGACAUACUCAAGCAGCCUGUGCUGAAGAACAUGCUAGACUAUGCCAACCUGCCAUUCUCCCAGUCCCCAAACCGCAGUCUGACAACUUCCCCGCAGUCUCCCAGUUCUGAACUGCUUUUCACACCAACUCCUCCACCUUUGCCUUCCAUGCGCCCAGCCCUGUCUCCUGAGUUGCAAGCCAUCACCUCAGAAUGGAUUUCCCUGACUUUGGGAGCAUCCUGUAGCCACACUCCAGCCAUAACCCCUCCAUUGCCGCCUCUUCCUGAUGCCUCUCUCUGCAACAUCGACUAUCUCAUUCCCUCAGCAGUAGCUAGCCCCUCGCCUUCUAUUAGCCUUCAUCCUUCUAACAUUUCCAGUUCCUCAACUCCCACCUCUGUCAUUUCCCCACUGCCUUCUUCCCCUUGUGAGCCUCAGUCAUCUGCUCAAAACGUCAGUCUGACAACUCAGCAAACUGAAGAAAAGUUUGUUAGCUCCUCGUCUUCCCAAAACUACUGUAAUUCACCUUACUCUGUAGUUGGCAGCCCCGAUAGCUUCCUCUCAGAGCUCAGUGAUGUCACUGAUCCCCAAGACAAGUUACAGAAGAGCAAAGGAGUCAGCCAGAGGAUUGACAGGAAGGAUUGCAUUACAGCCAGCAUCCCUGAGAUCUGUAGAGAGAGGUGCAUGUCAGAGAAGAAGUCUGUUAGCUUACAAAAGAAUUUUCUUCACACCUUUGAUGAAAGCAAGCUAUAUCAGGAACAGGGAGAUGACCCCAAGAAAAGGGACAUGUGCAAUUAUAAGCAAGUUGAACAGAGGGAGAAUCAAAGCAGGGCUAUUAAGUCUGUCAACACAAAACCAUUCUGUCCAUCUGCACUUCUGUCUCCCUCUGCAAUUUCUUCCUUUGCUGUUAGAACACAAGUUCUUCCCAGAUUCUCACGCACAGUCAACGUACCACAGCCUUCUCAUCAUUCAUUGAGGCCAGGACCAGAUCUCACAGAAUCUGAAAAGAACUAUGUGCAACCACAAGUCCUGCCACUGGGAACCAGCCUCGACAGGAAUCAUGCACCACAAGAUAUACUUAGCUACCAAGCACUGUACAGCUACAUCCCACAGAAUGAUGAUGAACUGGAGUUAAGAGAUGGAGAUAUCAUAGAUGUCAUGGAGAAGUGUGAUGAUGGCUGGUUUGUUGGCACAUCCAGGAGAACGCGACAGUUUGGUACUUUCCCAGGCAACUACGUUAAACUUAUAUCCCUAUAAAAGCCAUUGUCAGCCUGUUGAAGAUUUCGUCAGGAGAGAGAGAGAGAAGGACCUGGGUUUGAUAUUAAAAAAAGAUAAUCAGAAAAGACAAUUUUAUGAAUGCAGGUGAUGAGAGGAGUAGUGAAUGUGAAUGUGGUGGACUGAUGCAAAGCCCCACCUCCUUUGAAGGUUUACCAGAGCGAAUUGUCAAGCAUUUUAUAAUGCAACCUUCUAUCUUAUUUUUAUCCUCGGGGGAUGUGUGUGACAUGAUAAGGCUUAACUUUCAUUCAGUAUUGAGUAUUGCUCUCCACAGUGAAUCUGGGGGAAAGCAACAGGAUGUAGUGAAAUAAUGGGGGGGGGGAGAGGAGAAAAUGGAAACAGUUAAUGCAUUUUCGUUACAGAUUGCAGCCUGGUUGGUAGAGGGUAAAGCUGGUAUCUCAUCCUGCUAAAAUCUCAUGCAGCUCUUGUUCACUACCUUUGGAAAGUGCACUUUAACACAUAUAAGAAGAGGCAGAGUUUCUGGAGACGCAUUUUAUAUGGAAGGACACAUUGCCAAGAUCCUUAUCAUACUUUAGUCCUCUUUUAAUUCACUGCACAAGAUCUAGGCAGGCUGUAUUCCCCUAAUUUUUUUGAAGUUUUGAUCUUGUAUUUUGUUUUAUUGGUUGAUGAUCUUAACUAUUUCUACAUUUAGUUUAACUAGUAAGUUAGGCAGUGACAUUGACAGUGUGCCUUUAGAUAGAGGAACAUCAAAUGGAAAUAAUUGAGUCUGGAACUUUGAUUGUUAGAGUUACAAGUAAACAAAAAUCUUGCAUCGUAUUCUGCUUAACAUCCAGUCAAGUUCUAGGCAUUUUAACCCACCUUUUCCACACACCUGUGGAAAUUCUGAAAGUUCUGCAUUGCAUGUUCUGGGCCAAAUCCAUUCAGAAUGACAUCUGCGUAAAUUCCCUAAAACUACAUUUAUGCAGAUUACAUUUGUGCCAGUUGUACUUGUGCAGAUAUUAUUUUCCCAGUGGUUUGUGAGAAUUUAGUACAUUGUAUUUGUGUGUGCACUUUGGAUGAACGUUGCAUAAAACACUACCACAUGCAUUUGUACAGCGCAACUGUUACCACAAAUCCUUUCUUAUCCUCUUAACUGUCCUAACGCCAGGUGGAGGAUUUUUAUUUUUUGAUGUCAGGUGCACUGAUUCCAGGCAUGGGCGACUCGUGAGCUGAUUUCCCAAGUUGACUCCUAUCAGCCCAAAUGGCAGAGCAGAGGAUUGGUAGUGUGAGCAAAACUGAUCCCUUGUAAAGGAAGCAUUCAGAAUUCUGUACAAUUCUGUUACCUAGUCAAGCUCUACAAAAGCAUCCUCAGUUGUGGAUACAUUCUGGCAAAAUAUUCCUGAAUGUGUCUUUUUAGAAUUGAUGGUAAAUACAAUUUCUGGCUGCCUCUUCAAAAAACGUAGGAAGUAGAAGAACCUGUGCAUCUGGAUUUCUAAAAUCACUGCUGUUUGGCUCUCCUUGAAUUAACAAUUCUCAGACUGCAAUCCUGUGCACACUUACCAAGGAAUAAGCCCCAUUAUGUUCAUUGGGAUUUAUUUCUCAGUAAACUUGCAUAGAAUUCCAGUGUCACUGUCCUUGCAAAGCAAACCUGUUGUUUUUAUUUUGUUUAAAAAGAAACGAGGAUGUGUUAGAUUCCACUUCCUGACAACAAGCAAAGAUUUAGAGUGUCAUAAACUGUAUUUAUUAAAUAUAAAAAUCCUAUUUUUCUGCUGAUGCUUUUACUCCAUUUAUUCACAGUAACAGCAACUAACUCACAGUCAGCAUGAUUGCAGUUGUAUUAACUGUGCUCCAAAAUAGCAGGAUUUCUUUUUUGCUGACUUUCUUCCCACCCCCAAGAUCAGCCAAAAAAUCAAAGUGCUUUAAAUGAUUGUAAAUAUGUAUAUUUGCCUUUGUAUAAACUUACAAAUAACUUAUAUUAAAAAAAUUAAAUUCAUUGAAAGCUUUUUGAAAAGGGCAGUAAAUAUGACUUUUCCAUUUUUAUUUAUAUCAAGUAAUUAUUCCAUGUAUGGUCACAUGAAAUAAGGGGUUAGAAAAAUUACAGAUAAAUUACAACUAAGUCACAAAAUGCCGUUUUCAUUAUUAUGGAAGAGUUAACAUGUUCAUAAUUAAGGAUUGUUAACGUUUGCCUGCCGCUUUUGUGAGUAUGUGCAGAAGAUGGUCCCAUCAAAUUGCCUCCUGUGUUUUAAUACUUGUUAUUUGCAGUCUUGUUAUCUUAAGCAACAUUUAAAUGUGGCAUUAAAAUGACAGGGUUGGACAGGUGCAAAGUAGCUUAACAGCAUUGGCCAUAUGUAACCAUCUUAAUGCCAUCUUUAGUUAAUACACAUUCUUGUUCAUACAUCCUUCCCAACAAAAGGUCACUCUUGUGUUUGUUUCCUCAUUGCGUGGAUUAUUAUUUGACAACUAAUAAAGGGAAAGAUUGGAUUAAA